AAUAUCCUGGUCUUGAACAGUUGAAUAGCGCCCACCCCGUUUUAAAGACCCGAGAAGCGGGAGUGUAAGGAUAAAGGUAUCCCACCCCAUCUAAUGAGACUGAGUUUCUGAGUUAGACUGUUUAGUACAAUUGUUUUAGGAAUGGAGGCUUCACCAUCAACACAAAACAAACCCAAUUAAAGACAAAGAUAGUGAGUGUGAGUGUGAGAGUGAAUAACAAACACAAGACCCUCUAAACUAAACUAAACUUAAUUAAAAUGAAGGCGAGUAUAGACAUAGUUACUGAUCAGAAUCUAGAAAAUCAAUUUCACAAACAUAUGGGGUGCAUGGCUGGUUUUCUUCAAAUCUUCGACCGCAACCACAUUCUCUCCGGCAAACGCAUCCACUCCACCAAAAGACUAACUCCUCCAUCACCGGAACAACCGAAGAAAGACGACGGCUCACCGGCGUUAUCAGCACCGUCACCAGUUAGAAAAGUCCAAUGCGAAGCUAAACCGGUUCUUCCAGUUCUUGAAUUCAAGGAAGGUACAAGGUCUUCCUGGAAAUUCUCAAGAGAAGCUCCGAGAUUGUCUCUAGAUAGCAGAGCGGUGGUUGAUGCCAAAGGAUCCCUUCAUCCAAGAGAGAUCCGAACAAACGCAACCGCGAAUCUCGAAAACGACGACGACAAACAGCGUCGUUCCACCAGCAGCGUAAUCGUCAGACUGAUGGGUCUUGACACUUUACCAACGGACUCCGUGGCUAAGCUGCAAAGAUCCGCUUCAGAGUCCAGAGUCUCCAGAGAUCUCUCCAACAAGUACAUUCAACGUUGCAAUGUGGGCUUGGGCUUGAGCCAAGCCCAAAUGAAGAAUAAUAAUAACAACAACAAGACUAAUCCUUGUAAUUUAGUUAAUUUGAAUGUUAUUGAUAGCAAUGUUAAUUGUUAUUAUGGUAGAGUUACAGAAGGAGUGAGAGGUUCACUUCCUAUGAAGCAGAAUAAAGGAACAUUACAAAAGAAGAAGAGUUUUUAUGACUCUGCUGAUUUUUUUCCUGAACCCAAACACACUGCUUCGAUCUAUGGAGAGAUUAAGAGAAGGUUGGAGAUGCGAGGAAUUAACCAACCUUCUCAUGAUCCCGAAACUCUUAAGCAUAUCUUAGAUGCUUUACAGCUUAAAGGUCUUCUUCAUUCUCAUAAACCAAACCAAUCUCCCAUUGUUCUAAUGAAACCAAAUAGAUCUUCCACUAGGUUCAAUCCAACUGGUUAUGAUUCUCCACCUCCGCAUUCCACCGCUCGGUCAAGUCCACGUGCUCGCCGGAGCACUAGCCCAAGCCUCACCAGCGAGAAUGAGCGUAGUGUAAGAGGUCAAGCUAGGUCCAGAAACUCCAGCCCGAACCGGAGAAAUGUUCCGAACGUGGAGACGACGCAUAGGAGAGUGAGUAAUGAAGGUGUUGAUUCAAGAAGAGUGUCUCCGGUAAAUUCACCUAAAUUAAGUUCAAGAAGAAAUGUCUCGGGUCAGAUUGCGACAGUUGGAUCGCCGAGGAUGAGAAAAUCAAUUGAUCCUAAGGUGAAAAUGGUUGGUGUAGCAGAAGAUGAAUCAUCCACAAUUUCAGAGAAUAGCUUCACCACUUCUAAUUCACAUACGGAUACAGAGAGGUAUAAACUGGAAGAGUACAGGGAAGGUAGGAAUCUGCUUGAUAGAUGUGAUAAGUUGCUGAACAGCAUAGCAGAGAUAACAGCAGCGAACGAGUUGCAGCCGAGUCCUGUAUCUGUGCUUGACUCGUCGUUUUACAAGGACGAAUGGUGCUCACCUUCACCAAUAACCAAACGGUGCAUUGAUUACAAAGAUCAAGCGGCGGAAUCAGAAGAUGAUAUGUGGAGUGCAGGGGAAGGCAAAUCCGAGGAAGCAACAUCGGAGGAUUGUGAUUUCGUUUACGUCUCGGAGAUUCUUCGUGCUUCUAGUUACUUCCCUGAAGAUUGUGACAUUUUCCUUUUACUCGAGAAGCAACAAUGUCUAAAAGGGAAGGACACUUCAAAAGCUUCAACGCUUCAGAGGCGGUUAAUUUUCGACACGCUUCAGGAAAUUCUUAACCGGAACCAACGGUUACCGCCGUGGAAGGCGGUGUCUAAGGGGGAAGAGACGCAGAAGAUCUGGUCGGAGUUUCGGAGGAUACGAGAGAGGGAGGAAUCGGUGUCGGAGGAUUUGUUUGCAGUGAUAUGUGGUAUGUUGAAGAAGGAUAUGGCGGAGGAGAUGAGUGUUUGGGGUGAAUGGACGGUGGAGAUGGGAGAUCUUGUUUUGGACAUCGAACGGCUCGUAUUCAAAGAUUUAAUUGGUGAAACCAUACAACAUCUCGCUUCAUUUGCACCUUAUUGUAACAACAAACUAGAGGCGCUUCGUAGGAAACUUGUCUUUUGAAUUCCAAUAACAACAUUCAAAGAAAAUUAAAGAAGAAGAAAGAUUCGCACGCUUUGUUUAAAUUUUCGCGCGCUUGCUUUGUUUUCUUUUCUUUUCUUUUUUGCUUGCUUUCUACUUCCAGUCAUUUUGAUUUAACUUGUUCAUUUUCAUGACAAAAUUAGGAAUUGAAAAUUCUGAAAUUUAGACA